UAUAAUGAUUUAACAAUGCUGUUUAGUGUGUUUGCCCUUUGGUGUUUUGUUAAUAAUAAUAUUUAUUAUUUUUAAGGGAAAUAUUGUUAUUGUAUAUUUAUACAGGGCAACCAAGGCCAGGACGAGAAAAAAAAUAUUGAAUUUAUUUUUUAUCGCUUUUUCCCAAAUACAGAGGAACUGAUAGAAGAGCGGUUUUCUGCUUCCUGGAGAACCUUUCAAGCUGAAGUUUUUAAAUCGGCAACAAAUCUUUUCGAGAAUUUGAGCUCAGCAACACAAGAAAUAGAAAUUGCUGUGUUUUGGCCUUUUCUCUCCGACCUUAAUUACUGAAGCACAGCAUGGAUUUGAUCCACAAAGUCCUGAACAUUGUACUUCCUCCUAUAACAUUGAUUCUGCUACUUCUCUUCUUGCCGUCCUUUCUUGUUUCCAAGUUCAUAAGUCGUAUAAAAAGAUCAAUAAAUAGCGAAAAGGUGGCAGGAAAAGUAGUUCUAAUCACCGGUGCAUCCUCAGGCAUUGGCGAGUAUCUUGCAUAUGAGUAUGCUAGGAGAGGAGCAUGUUUAGCCCUUGCUGCUAGAAGACAGGAGCGUCUUCGAGCAGUUGCUGAUAAGGCAAGGGCGCUGGGUUCACCAGAUGUUAUAGUCAUCCCCACUGACAUUUCGAAGGCUGAAGACUCUGAGAGGUUUAUUAACGAAGCAGUGAAUCAUUUUGGCAAGUUGGAUCAUCUGGUGAACAAUGCUGGUGUUGUUCAAAUUGACAUGUUUGAGGAUUGCAAGCAAAUAUCAGAUUUUGCAACACUCACGAACACAAAUUUCUGGGGUUCCGUUUACACCACCCAUUUCGCUAUUCCACACCUAAGAAAAAGUAAAGGGAGGAUUGUAGGGAUUUCUUCAAUUGCUGGAUGGUUCACAGUGCCUAGGAUGAGCUUCUAUUGCGCAAGCAAAGCCGCCAUAACAAGUUUUUAUGAAACACUACGUGCUGAAUUUGGUUCGGAUAUUGGAAUAACAAUCGUCACUCCUGGUGUAGUCGAGUCAGAAAUGAGCCAAGGCGAUUUUUUGUCAAAGGCCCAGAUAGACUUUGUCCCGGCCGAGUCGACCGAGAGGUGUGCUAAAGCAAUCGUGGACAGCGCUUGCCGAGGAGAUAGAUACUUAACAGAGCCGUCUUGGGCAAGAAUGACGUUUCUGCUGAAAGUCCUUUGUCCUGAAGUGCUGGAGUGGUUGUUCCACAUGGUAUUGGUUUCUAAGAGUUCAAAGAAAAGUAACUAGCAUGAGCUUCUGUAUCUCAAUUAACAGGCAUCGAGAUAUGCCUGUGGCGUUUCAGCUUUAAUUCCAGAUCUCAAGCAGUGGUUCUGUUUCAUUUCUUAUUCCUCUGAAUACUAAAGAAGGAUUUUGCAUAGACAUCCAUCUUGCAUUUUUCUAACUCAUCAACCAUCUUGAUCUCAUAAUAUUGCAAAUAAAUCAAAACAUCAUUGAUGUUUUUCAUA